GUAAAUCCACGCAUGUAUUAACACGUCCAGAAAACAACUCUCACAAUCAGAUUUCAUAAUCUGAGCCUCUUGACAGGACAAAGGAGUGCGGAGACAGAUGUAGGCCCACAAUUUGCAAAUCCCUGGAGGAUGCUUUUUCUCCAUCAGCACAUCAGCCUUUUUUCACAGCAUGGGCGACACUCUGAAAGUGUCUGUUUCACAUCAAAGAGGACGUGCCUGAAACGGUGACAUUGAUUAAUGCAUUCAAAACAUCUCAUCCUCGGCCUGUCGCCUCACCUUCUCACAAAGCACAGUGAACGGAAGAUAACCGGUGUGAGUAACUUCAGCCGGCAGCUCAAAUGUAUUCAUGGAGCUCCCUCUGUUGGAUGAACUGAGCCUCGGACUUUGCAGGGUCACAGCUAUUUCAGCAGGUCUUAAUAUUUACCAAGAGCGGGUUAAUAAGAUGAAAAAUGUGGUAAAGGUAGCAUGAAACGAGAAGAAAAAUGGGAAUAUGAAAUGAGUUGAAGUCUGACAGCUGCUGCAUGAGGAAAGCUCUUUGGAUGUGGUUCAGUGGCCCAGACAGUGCUGAGUAAAGGGGCUCUCGGGGAGCCCUUGACUAUCCACAUUGGUUUCACUCUGGGAGUCAUGAUGGCCGUCUACAUGGCAGGGGGAGUGUCAGGAGCCCACGUCAACCCCGCUGUCUCGCUCGCCAUGGUGAUCCUGGGGAAGCUACCAGUGAAGAAGUUCCCUGUGUAUGUGGUGGCACAGUUCCUGGGAGCUUUUGCUGGAUCUUGUGCUGUUUAUGGCCUUUAUUAUGAUGCUUUGAUGGACUACACCAAUGGAGAAUUUGCUGUUACUGGUGUGAAUGCCACAGCCAACAUAUUUGCAUCUUAUCCUGCCAAACAUCUCUCAGUCUUAAAUGGAUUUGUUGAUCAGGUGAUUGCAACUGGUGCGUUAAUCCUGUGCAUCCUGGCCAUUACUGACAGGAAGAAUAUCGGUGCUCCAAAAGGCAUGGAGCCUCUGUGCAUCGGCCUGAUCAUCAUGGCCAUCGGAGUGUCAAUGGGCCUGAACUGCGGCUAUCCAAUCAACCCGGCACGAGACCUCGGCCCACGGUUCUUCACUGCGGUGGCCGGGUGGGGCAUGGAUGUGUUCAGAGCUGGGGGAUGCUGGUGGUGGAUCCCAGUGGCGGGACCCAUGGUGGGCGGAGCAGUUGGAGCUGGUGUUUACUUUCUCUUCAUUGAGUUGCACCACCCCGAGCCUGAAAAACAAGAGGAAAACAACGUCCAGGACAAAUAUGAAAUGAUAACGAUGAGUUAAAAUGAAGAGCAAGGGCUGCUAAACAUAACUACAAAGCCUCGGUGGCUGAUUCAUUCACAAUCUCAGAAGGCAAAAGUAUUCAUCUUAACAAAGCAGUUAUAUACAUUAAAUAUUAUAUACAACAGGUAUUCAGAGUCACUAUUUUGAAAAUGUACAUGUUAUGAUUACAACAAGGCAUGCAUUUGGCUACGCAAUUUCAUAGUCAUUUGUAAAAUAUGCAUGAAUGUUUUAUGAUGUCUUUUAAGUCUUUUUUAUUGAAAGUCUGGUCUAUUAAUAGUUUUCAGGUUUAAUCUGGCAGGGACUCUUUCAUAUACCAAAAAAUUAAACCUUCUUAUAAAAUAUAUUCUUUUUAUACAUCAGGUUUUUCUUUUAUCUCCAUUAUAUCAUAACCUUGCAUGGAGAGUUUCUUCUGCAUUAUAGCCAUGUAGUAUAUUAAACUGGGAUAACCUCUUCUCAUUAGAAAUAUUUGCCAAGUUUCUGUACAGCAUUUUUUUUUUUUUUUUUACGACAAUCUACCUAACAAACAAACAGGGGCAUUAAAUAUAUUUAGCACUAAGGAAACAGCUGAUAAACUUUGACCAAAGGUGGAAAUGUAGUAAUUUAUAUUGUUUUUAGCUCAUGUGAUACAGUAAUGUAUGUGUUUUGUGGAGUGACCUCCUUAUUCUCUUUCACUUCAUUCUUUGCAUGUGUGUAAAGGCACUUGUGCGAUUGAUGGCUUUAUCUUGCUUUCAGAGCUGUAGUUGUGAUAGUUGUUUGUUUUUGUUUUUUUAGAAAAUCCAGCCUUAAAGGAUUAUACUGGUGUUGCUUACUUUUCUACUCAUCUCCAUCAUUUUUCUGCUGUUUCAAAUCCACCUGAUGCGAUACACAAACUUGUGUAAUGUUAUAAAAAGCCAUAACAUCAUAAGAUACUUAAAUAUCUGCUUUGUGCAAAGAAACUGUAAUUUUGUUUUUAGGCAAAAAACCUUUGCAAAUUCCUUGAUGAGUUGUGUCUGAGUCAAUACGUACUUUACAAGGAGCCAUAUGCAAACACUGACUGUAAUUGUUUACAUUAAAAACUCUUUGGAGCUAAGAGAAAAUAUUUAAUAAAACACCUACAGGGAGAGAAACACUGCCAACAUACCAACAAGACAGUAUUUCAAAGAAACAAUACUGGUCUUUUCCUUUAUUAAUUGUACUUUGAGAUUCAUACUGUUUGUAUCAUGUGAGCACACAUUGGAUUCACUAAUACCACGACCACAAGAUAUGAUUUAAAAUAAUAUAAAUUGUAAAACAUAUCAGCAUGGAUGAAUGUUGUCAGACACUGGGAUGCAUUUAGACCUAUGUUAAUGUGAAUGUGAUUAUUAUUGUUGUCAGUUGAACAGGUGUUUUUUAAAUACAUUAAUCAUGAGAUUAUAUUGCAGUGCACUGAACGACAUUUUACAGCAGCACAAAGGCUGUUAAAUACACAAGACACUUGUUAGGCAAAGUGACAAUCACCUAAAUUCAGAAGUUUUCUGGUCUGAACCAGCAGCGCAUCAUGCCGAUUCAUUUCAAACCCUGUAUGUGGCCUACUUUUGACCUGGAAUAAUCACUGUACGCAUGUUGGCAAAGCUGAAGGUGUUUGUUUCACUGAAUCUUCAGUUUUUGCAGUGAAGUGGUUUAUAUUUUGGCACUUGUAUUUCCCUGUUAUACACUUUGAUGCUUCUGUCCUGAGUGGCAGCCUGUCAGGAAGUAACAUAUUAAUCUUUUUGUGUGUUGUUUUUUUGUUUGCUGAUUUUAAGCUGCUUUUUCUAAGGCAGUUUCCUAACUUGAUUUUCUUAAGUACUAUCCAUCUGAAUCAACAG